AUGGACAAUCUAACCAUCUCAUGUUCAAGAUAUGUUUUUCAAAAUAAUAGCAAAUGGUUUCUUUUAGCCAAUUGUACAACAACAGCAUCAUAUUGCUGGUGUAAUAAAUGUUUUACUGGUGAUCUACGUGAAAUUAAAAAAUAUCCAAAAAACAUUUCCAUCUAUAAUAUGUCAGAAGAAAAUAUAAAAGAUUAUACUGAUACUAUUUACAUGGAAACAAUUAUAUAUGGUUUACUUGGUAUAAUAGCAUUCGUAAGCAAUCUGUUAUCAUUACAAGUAUUUUUAUUUUCUAAAAAGAUUCGUAUAACAAAUCUUGGGAUAUAUUUAAUCUUAUUUUCAUUAAUUGGUGUAAUCGCUAGUAUUACAGAAAUUCAACGUGCAUUUAUGGAUUUAGCUUCUCAUUGCAAGAAACUGUCACAAUUGAAUCGUCUAAUAAAUUGUGCACUCCAUAUACUUCUAGAACUACUACGUUUCUGUCUCUAUUGGUUUUGUGCAUGUAUUGCUGUUGAGCGUAUUCUUAUUGAAUAUUCAUUUAUUAGUAUUUAUGAUUCAAGACGACGUUCAUUAAUUAUUUCUAUAUUACUUUUUCUAUUAAUACCAUUAAUAAAUCUAUUACCAAUUUUACUUAGUCGAAAAGAUUCUAUUUAUACUUCAUAUAAUUGUUGUUUAUCAAAUAUUACAUCAAUUGGUCGUACAUUCUAUUCAAUAUUUAAUUAUAUUAGCUACAUAGUUCCCCUACUUUUAUUCAUAAUUGCAUGUGUAGUUAUUUUUAAUCAUCUCACGAAACAUCGUCGUAGUUUAGUCAACGAUGAAUCAUUUCGUUCAUCAUUAAUUUUAAUUGCAUCGAAACAUUAUGAUUUUUUUGUUCCAAUAAUACUCUUUUGUUUAACAACUACUCCCAAAUUGAUAUUCGAUACAUGGAUGAAUUAUUCACGAGCAAAUUCCAUAGAAAUGUAUCCUACACAGACUGUAAUGCUACUAUUAAAUAAUUGUUCUUUGCCAUUAACAUUUUUUGCUUAUAUUUAUUUAUCAAAUGUAUAUUUUAACGAAUUUUGGCAAACAUCACCUUUUGGGCGAUUUUUAAUCUAUGUUAAAAAUCGUUUUAUAAGUUUUUGA